AUGGCGGCUCCCGGAGGUUCCCUGUCUCUAACACCAGAGCAACCCUACACAUUCGCCAAGAUCUUUGUCAAACAUCAAAUACGACCCAAUCCCAAGCCAGUACUCGAGAACAACACUGUUGCUGGAAAAACUGCUGUCAUCACAGGCGGAAAUGGUGGGAUUGGUCUAGAAUGUGGCCGGAUUCUGCUGUCCCUCAACCUCUCCCACCUCAUCCUCACCGUUCGAACCCUCGCGAAAGGCGACGUGGCUGCAGCUUCACUGCGAAAACUCUACCCCAAGGCCAAGAUCGAUGUUUGGCAGCUGGAUAUGGACUCUUAUGAGUCUAUCAGGGCUUUUGCCAAGAAGUGCGCAACCCUACCACGUCUAGACAUGGCUCUCCUCAGCGCCGGCAUCAUGAACGUCGACUUGCAAGUCAACAAAUCAACCGGGCACGAGGAAAUGUUUCAAGUCAACUACCUAUCCACCGCUCUACUUGGAUUACUUUUACUCCCAAUCCUCAAGAGAAAGACCCCAUCCGACUCUCCAGGUCGGCUCAUGCUCGUAGCAUCUGGUGCAGCUCUGAUAGCCGAGUUCUCUGAGCGCAAUGCCGAUCCCCUUCUUUCUGCAUUUCGCGACGAGAAAGGAUGGAACUCUUCAAUUGCCAAGAAGAGAUAUGACACCAGCAAGGGAUUGGUUCUGAUGCUUACCCUUCAGUUGAGUCAAUUGACAAAGGCCGAUGAUGUCAUUGUCAACGUCGUUGAUCCAAGCUUCACACCGGGCACCAGUUUCUUCCGCAACCUUCCGUUGCUAAUGAGGGCUAUGGCCUGGCCACUGACAAAGGCUUUGGGCACCACCGUGAACAAUGCAGCAUGGAGAUAUGUCGAUGGCGCUGUGACUCGAGGCAAGGAAAGUCACGGGAGUCUGAUCAGCGAUUGGGAGAUCCAUCCGUGGAAAAGGUUCAUGGAUAGGCUUUGGAAGGAGAGUAUUGAGGAAUUGGAUUUCCCCGAGGUCCGCGACGCGUUAGUGUCGCUACGCGCAGGACACGCGUCCUAA